AUGGCGGAGUCCCGCGGGUCCAGCCCGCGGUCCUGCUCUUCGGCGCGCUCGUCCCGGUCGCCGCCGCUCCAGCUGCGGAGGAUCGACCCCGGCGAGGAUGGCGACGGCGGCCCGUGUCAGUCCAACUCGUUCGCGUCGCUGAUGGGGAGCAGCGACUACGUCCCGGGGUACCACUGCUCGUCCAGGUUGUGA